AUGUUACCACCUCAUCAACUUCAACCUUUUAUACAACAAGUUCCUAUUCGUGAAAGAGUUAAUCCGAAAAAUUCCCGGCAUCCUUAUUGUUUAAAUGGUAAAGCUCAACAUCCUUACCAUAUUUUAGUUAUUGGAACACAAGAAUGUCAACAUAAUAUUAAAAAUACUGUACUUUUUCCUUCAAAACAUGAAUGGGAGGCACGCUUGAAAGAUUAUUUAAAAGAUGAAUAUGUACUGAUCAAGACAGAAUCUAUGGCGGCUAUACAUUUGUGUAUUUAUUAUCAACAUGCUGAAGUGGCAACAGGGUUUGCAAAUUUAUUUGGUAAUAAAGGCGGUGUUGGUAUUUCAUUAUUAUUUGGUGAUACUUCAUUUUGUUUUAUAAAUUGUCAUUUAGCUGCACACCAAAAUAAAGUUAAACAACGAAAUAAUGAUGUAAGAAAAAUAUCCAAAGAAAUGAGACUAAAAGGUUUUAGACCUGAAUAUAAAGUUAACAUCAAUAAUGUAACUGAUCGUUUUGAUCACACCUUUUGGUUUGGUGACAUGAAUUAUCGUGUUGAUUUGUCUAGAGAAAAAGCUGACGAAUUAAUUCUUAGACAUGAACUUACCAAACUGUUGGAACAUGAUCAAUUGAGCCGUGAAAUGAAGAGUUUUGCUUAUUUUGAUGGUUUUCAUGAAGAUCGAAUUUCAUUUAAUCCAACAUUUAAAUUUAAUAUUACACAUCGAAUUAGUCAUAAUUCUCAUGAACAACCUUUAAAACGUCAUGCUUCUGCACCUUCAGUAAUCACGUUUGAUCAUACACAAUAUGACACAAGUCCAAAAAAACGUGUACCAAGUUGGACUGAUAGAAUCAUUUGGAAAACGAUGUUAGAUGGUAAAAAGGUCAUUCCUGUGAAAUAUACAAGUCAUAUGAAUGUUAUAGGAUUUUCUGAUCAUCGUCCUGUGACUGGUUGUUAUUUAGUUGAUUUCGAUUGGCAACAACCUUUUGAUGAUACUAGUAACCAAAAAAAACCAAAAAAAAGAUUUUACCUCCGGUAA